AUGGAAGGCCGUGGCAGGCCAAGCUACUUCAACAUCGGUGAUGUGCCAGGUGAGCCUGGUAUGAUCCGAAGGAAUAGUAGGUCAGACGCUGCGCCGCCUUACCAGAGGCCGAGAGCAAGCAGUGUGCCUCGGGGUGCUGCUUUUAGUCCGGUGUCGAACUUGUCGGCUCUGGAACGGGGUAUGCAUCCAACCGGAAGCCCGGUGGUGGGAAGCCCAGCUGGCUCGCCAAACCCUCUUGGAGGUGUGUUGCCACCCCCACCAGGUUUGCCAGAGUUUGGUGGAGUUUCGCCAGUGAAUGCACCAUCACCGCCCACCGUGGAGACGUUUCUGUACCAGACGGUGCAGCAGCAGCAGCAGCAAGUUGCCCAGCUUACGUCUCUAGUUCAGGCUCUUGUGAGCAGGGAAGUGCCUGUGCCACCUACUGCGAGAGGCAAGGGCCACGGUGGAGAGCUUAGCUCCAUCUCCGAUUCGUCGGGGAAAAUGGAGGUUGAUGAGGGAGGUGCUCCCAUCAGGAAUCCCAAAGCUGAAGCUUAUGUUCCUAAGCUGCCUGCGAUUGAUGGUGGAAAGAUGAGCAAAGGCCGUCGCUCGGAGAUCGAAGGAUGGGCUGAGUUCCUAGAGCAAUUCCUGCCGUGGAUUGCUCUCUUUGAUGAUAGGAUCCCGGAAGAGCUUCAUCGAUCGAUUGCUUCUGAGGUCACCAUCAAGCAGUCAUCGCUUGAAAAGGGACAGAGCGUGCGUUCAACUAGGACCUUCUUGUACCUGAAGCAAGCGUUGCAAGGGUUUGCUCGUGGGCUUGACUUGGUUAAGCAAGUAGAGAAGGAGCAGCUUGGCUCCCCAGCUGGGUACGAGUGCAUGAGGAGGUUGCAUCAGGAGUUGUCUGUUGCGAGCCGCAUCGAGGCUUCGACGCUUCGGAAUGAGGCCCUGCAGUACCGCGCGAGCACUCCUGCCAAUCGUCCACUUGACAUGUUUCGAAACAUCCAGUUGGAGCUUGCCAAGUUUACCCGCUUGACCGCAGGGUUCCCAGAUCUUGCGUUGAGUGAGGCAGACCGUUGCAUGAUUGUUUUGAGAAACCUUGAUGUUGAAGUGAAGAAGUAUGUUCUUUUGCAUGCUAGGGUUGACUCCAUGGACCAGCUUGAGACUGCUUUGAAGUUUUAUGAUGCCAACCUUAAGAUCCUGAAUUUCCAAGAGAAGGAAGGAAAGGGAGCAGCAAAGGAUCACGCGAAUGCUUUGACCUUCGGAGACAAGGGAAAGGGCAAGAAGGGUGACAAAGGAAAGGAAGAAAAAGGAAAAGGAAAGGACAAAGGAAAGGACAACAAGAAAGGGAAUGAGAAAGGAAAGGAAGAAAAAGGGAAAGGUGGAAAGGACAAAGGCAAGGACAAGGGGAAGACUGCAGCCGCAAAGGACGGCAAGCAAGGUUCUGGAAACGACAAGGAGAAGGAGAAGGAGAAAGCAGAGCGCUUGAAGAACGUCGCGGCUGCCUCUUUGGAGCCUCAGAUUUUCGCAGCUGCGGUUGAUCUGAGUUGUCCGGUUGUUGAGCUUGAUGAGGAUGAUUGCUCGGAUUUUUCCCAGGAGGAUUGGGAGGAGUUCGUUGCAUCUUAUGAGUGUGCUUGGUCGGAGCCUGUUGUGCUUGAAGGCGGUGAGCCUGUUGCGCCUGAGGGUUCCAUGUUGCAUGUUGCGCUUGAGAAUUUUCCUUGUGACAACCCAAACAGAGCCACAGUUGAGCUUGCAGAGUCCCGCGGUGUCCCAAACAGAACCACAGUCGAGCUUGCAGAGUCCCACCAGGUCCCAGACAGAACCACAGUCGAGCUUGCAGAGUCCCCAGAGUUGAGCUUGGAAGCAGGUCGUUUUGUUGCAGAUUUUCAAAAUGUCGUUGAGCAUGACAUGUUGCAUGUGGUAGGUAGAGCUGACCAUGGCAUGGUAGCGCACGAGACAGCAGCAGCCAGCCAGCAGCAUGACACCAUGGAUUGGUGGCUCGUUGACUCCGGCGCGUCGGCCCACAUCAUCAACGAGGACACUUUGAGCCGGGUGCACGUUGUGAGCCACAGUGAGUCUGCCAGUGAGUGUGUUUCUGCAACGGGUGACAGCAUUGGAGUUCGGAGGCCGCUGGGUACGUUCUUCGCACGAGAUGGGUCUCCAAUUGCGGAGUCCUCCUCCGACUCGGAGCAGGAGUGGCGCCUUUCGGGUCGCCGCCACCUGGCGGAGCAGCACGCGGCGACUGUUACGAGGACUCACGAGGAUUUCGAGGGAUCCACGAUCGCCUUUACGGCAACCUCGAUGGUGGGUCUUACGCCGGGCCAGAACCUGCUGUUGGUGCCAGCCGCGGAAGUGAAGAAGAAGACGGCAGAGCAGGCAAAGGCAGCUGCGAAAGCAGCGGCGGAGAAAUUCGUGAAGGAGCGCCAGGAGAGCGCCCAGUGGGCCAAGGAAGCAGAGGAAGCAAAGAAGAAGAGAGCCGCCAAAGCCGAGGCAAAGAAGAAAGCAGCCACAGAGGCUGCGGAGGCAAAGAAGAAGGCAGCCACAGAGGCCGCGGAGACAGAGAAGAAAGCAGCCACAGAGGCCACGGAGGCAGAGAAGAAGGCAGCCACAGAGGCCGUGGAGGCAGAGAAGAAGGCAGCCACAGAGGCCAAGAAGAGGGUCGCCGAAACGAUCGAGGUCCCAGAGGUCAAGAAGCCCAAGGGCAGUGUGGCCAGAGCAAAGGCGGAGCCGUCUUCGGGGUCAAAGGACCCACCGCAGCCACUGGUGAAGAGGCAGCCCAAGCCGCCCGUGGUGAAGGCAAUGCCAGCCAAGGUCCGAAAGAUCGUCUUGAAGAGCCGGGCCCAGCGCGGGAUCCCCGGGCAGACGGAGACUGCGCUGAGAAUGCUUUCGCAGCGAGCCAAGGAAAAGAAGAAGCAGGGCUACCUCAUGAAGGCCAUCAACAACGCCAUGAAGAAGAAGGCCGAGGAGCAGAAGGGCCCUCCGGUGCGGAGGACAUUGGAAAAACAUGUCAAGGACCACUAUGCGCAAAUCAAGGGCCUGGAGAUUCCUUUCGUGGAGGUGACGAUUUCCGAAGUCAUCAAGGAACCCCCAGGACCACCAGGAUCGCCAAUGGUACCGCAACCGAGAACACCACCUGCGCGAGCCAAGGUGGAGGCCGCGCGUGCAGCAAAGGUGCCACAGAUAAAGGUGGAAGGAGGCAUGGAGAUCAAUCCCCCACCACCGGUACCGCCGCGGAGGAGGCUUCCCACGCCACCGAGAGACCCGAGGUCAGCCGGACGAGGGGCCUCUGCGCCCUCAGAGUGGUCACCUGUGUCCAGUCUGCCGCCAUGGUCACCAGUGUCCAGUGUGCCGGUGGAUGCAAGGGCCAGGGAAACCCCAGCCGAGACGAGAGCCGAGGAGCCCCCAGCAGAGAGGAGAGCCGAGGAGCUGCACAUCGGGGACGACGGCAAGAUCUACAACUCGCGGGGCGAGGUGGUGGAGCUCGAGAGCAUCGAGAUAGACGCCCACCAUCCAGGAAUAUCCGAUGGUCCUUCUUCCUUGGGACUCUCGCUUCUGAUGCAAGAAAAGGUUGCGUUUGCAUGUGAGCAUGAUGUUGCCGUUGAGCUUGGUGAGCAUGCAUGUGUUGGUGGUUUGGGUGAGCAUGAUUUGCAGCAUGGUGAGUUGCUUGAGCAUGUUGGCCAGGACCGACCACAGCGUGACCGGAGCGAGGCCCAUGAUAGCCAGAGUGAAGCAUGGUUGCUUAGAGGGGAUCGGGAACUGUUGUUGCAGGAGAGUUGGGGUAAGCUAGAGCGAGAACAUGUUCUUAGAUCGCAUGUGCCGUACAAUGCGUCUUGCCCGCAGUGCGUGCAAGGUCGUGGGCUUGAACCCGCCAGAAGCCAGGAUCGGCCCCAGGACUCAGGGAUGAGAGAGGUGCAGAUAGAUAAGUUUUUCUACAAGGGCCUCGCUUUCCUGGUGUUGGUUUUGGUUGGUGCUUUUGCCCUCGGUGUAGUUCCGUACCGUGAGGUGAGCGGAUCCCGAGGCCCAGCAGCCAAGGAAGCCAUGUUGAGUGACAUGUCGGCAUGGAGUCGUAGCGUUGGCUUGGUUGGUGUUGCUCCCAGUGAGUUGACGGUGAGUGUGAAGUCGGACAUUGAGGGUGUUGUGAAGAACCUUGCGCAAAGUUUUGCUGAUGGUUUGACCGCUGGUGCCAUCGAGGUUGUGGAUGCCCCUGUUGGUCGGCAUGCUGUUGUUGCAGAGCGUGCUGUGAGGACCAUCAAGGAAGGUGCAAACACACUGUGUGCUGGGUUGGAACAGGUCGGCUUGGAGCCCUGCGGGAAGGGUGUUACGUAUCUUUUGAUGCACGUUGCCCAGGUCUACAACCGGUACCAGGUGCAUCCUGGAUCAGCGCUGUCCCCAGAACAGCGGUGCUUGAAGACCACCCGUGGACCGCAUGCCGCCUAUGUUUGGGGUGCUGCCGUGCUUGCCACUCCUCCUCCCUCUUUGCGUGAUAAAAUCACCGGCCGUUACGGCCACGCCGCCUACCUUGGACCAGAGGUCGGAAGUGGAAGCCACACUGUGCAGUUUAGGCUGCGGGAUGGCACUUUGAAGAUUGCGAGAAGCGCAAGAAUCCGGAUGUUGGUUCCUCUCACUUUUGAGGUGUCGAGCUUGAAAGGUGUUUGUCGCAUGUUGCCCGGAAGAAGGGAUGAUUCCCAGAAGAAGCUCCCCGAGAGCAGUGGUGACAAUGUGCGCGACCUCCCGUUGCCGAACACCGCAACCCGAGGACCACCACCAGAGUGGAUUGAAGAAAACGGGAGAACCCCAAGGUGCCGAGCUUGCCGGCUGCGCGGUUUUCCAGCAGAUAAGGCCUGGCACACCCAGAAGUGCCGUGAUCGAUACGCUGAGUUUGUGAGAAACUCUUUCGAUCCCAGCCGGGCAAUCCUCGAUCAGGCCCCAAUUGAAGAAGAAGUGACCGGGCGUGAUGAUUUGGGUGCUGGAUUUGGUGUUGAUCUUGGGCUUGAUGUGCCGGAUGAUCUUGAUCCGUUCCCGAAUUUUCCAUUGGAUGAGGAUUUGGCUGAGUAUGAGCCCAGUCUGCCUGGAGUUGAGAAUGAAAUAGAGCUUGGAGAAGAACUCGAGCAGAUCGAGGCCCCGAGCCCAGGCGAGCUUGAUUUCAUGCAAGUUGAUCCUGAACCUCUUGAGGCACUCCCUGAAGAAGAGCGGGAGGCCAUGGUGUCCAGUAUGAUGUACCGAGAGUCCAUCUCCUUUGCUGGUGCGUCGGUUUGUUUUGCGGGAGCCGCCACCAAGGUUGUUUUUCGAGCAGAUUUUUCUGGAUUUUACAAGAUGACGCCAGACAUGCUGACACCGACAUCACAGCUCGACCCGCGAGCUCCAGUGUUUGAGAUGCUCCACAUGUUGAGCUCCUUCGGGCUGGUUGCGACCAAUACUUUUGGACAGGCUCCGGGUGCUACGUUUGUCAAUCCUGCCACAAAUGCACAGACUCAGAUAGAUUACAUCAUUCUUCGUGGAGCGCAUGCGGAUGGCACGAUAGUUUGGGAUGAAACUAAGAACGACCCGGCGUGGCUCAGCAGUCAGCCCCAGCUGGCACGAAGCAGUGCAACGACCGCAUCUUCAACGGAGGCGGCGCCUGCACUACCACGAGUCAACGAUGUCUCUGCUGUGACUGCAUUGUGGCAGUUGCGUGCCGAGCGGGCCAACCUGGCCCACGGCCCACCUGUGUACUGUAUGAGAGCGGCCUUCUCUGCCUGGAGGCUUGAUCGCCGCAUUCAGGCACUUGAACGCAUCAUCACAACUGAGAGACGUACUCGCAAGAAGGCGUUCCUUCUUGAUCAAACCGCCCAAGCGGAACAGGCGGUUCAGUGUGGGCAGCUGUCCACCGUCUACCGGAUCGUGAAUCGUCUUGCCCCGCGCAAGGUUCGAGUGCGACUGCAAAUUCGCGAUUCAGAGGGGAACCUUCAGGGUCCACAGGCCGAGUGCGACUCUCUUCUCAAGUACUUUCGGGAGCUGUUUGCAUCUGAUAGGACUGGUCCUGUGCAGGUAUUCGACUGCAGCGCUCACUUGUUUGACUCAGGCAUGUGCACCUCAGCCCUGGCUUCCCUGUCAGCCCUUAAAGCUGCGCAUCCUUCGGCAUCACCAGGAGUUCUUUGGAAACUCGCGGCCAAGGAGGUGGGCCCAUUGCUGAGUGAUUGCCUCAACGCUGCCUUUGCGAGCAUUCCCAACACGUUACCCAUGCCCAUCAGACAGAUUGCGCUUUGUUUGUUGCCAAAACCUAACAAAAAGUCACAGCAGCCUUCGGACACCAGACCGAUAAGCUUGUUGAACCCGGCCAGCAAGGUACAUGCAAUCAUGUUGGCACAGCUCAUCACCCCCUUCCUUCAGAACUACAUUUCUACUGUUCCCCAAUUUGCUUAUGUGCAGGGGAGAUCAACGACUGAAGCAUUGCAUAGGGUGGUGUCACAUUUCUACAGUGCCCGAGCGGCUGCACCGACACGUGAGAAAAUGGUUCAACGCCGCCGUGACUCCACUUCUCGGGCGGGCUGUGUGGGUGGGAUAACGUUCUCGUUGGAUGUCGCCCGUGCUUUCGAUUCCCUUCCGAGAACUGUGAUUGCUGCUAGCAUGCGUGAGGCUGAAAUACCCGAACCCAUUGUGCAACAAGUCCUAGCGAUUCACUCUCAAUUGCUUGUCGAAAUCGAGCACUGCGGUCUCAAGGCCACGUGUGCUACGUCUCGGGGGGUGCGGCAGGGUUGCCCCUUAUCACCCGCCCUUUGGGCACUUGCUUCGGGGUUUGUGUAUCGCCGGUUACUCGAGGGGCUGGGCUCACAUGCUGCAGGCAUCCUCACUUUUUAUGCCGACGAUCUAAUAUCACAAUGGAUGAUUCGGACGGUCACUGAUCUCACUGAUUGCCUAGGCCAGCUGCACAAGCUUGUUCAGAUUCUACGCUUUCAUGGAAUGGAGGUCAGCGACACCAAAAGUGUCAUUCUCUACCAGCUGCACGGCACCCAGGCCGACCGACUUCUGAGCAAAAUGCGCUUCAAGGAUAAAGGUGUCCCAAAACUUCGUGUUGCGCCAGACUGCGCCUUCCCGAUUGUCCGAAAACAUCCUUAUCUUGGCAUCAUCCUCAGCUACGGUGCACUGGAACACCACACCAUUGUGCAUAGAUACCAUCGAGCCGGCCAGCUCUUCUCCAGGCUUCGACCGGUACUCACUGCGAGACACAACCUCAGCCGACGCACCCGGCAACGUUUGUGGCUGUCGAUUGUUUGGCCGUGCCUUAAGUACGGGCUCACUGCUUUGCAACUUGAGGACAAAGAAAUAUGCAAAGUGCGGGGCAUUGCGACACGACACCUUCGUAUUGUCAGCAGCCAGCUGUCGAAGGACACGCAUGUCCCCACAGAGGCCUUUCUGUCUGAUUUAAAGUUUGAUUUCCAGGGUCGACUCGGCAAGGAGGUCGCCGGCAAUCUGGCACGGUUUCGGGCGCUGGACCCGGCACUCCAGAUCGACAGGGUGGCGCAGUGGCAUGUGAUACUUCAGGCAUCCUUUGCUCGGACGCCGGUGGCACCUCAGCCGCCUCAGGCUGCUUCGACGCAGGUAGGGCUGCCGCAGCCUGCUAUUAGUCGCAGCCACUUUGCAAACAGGGGCGCCCGCGGCGGGGCCCAAGCAUUCUCUCAGGCGUCCAAGACCGGACAAAAUCGAUCGCAGACGAUGCUCAACGGUGAGGUUCCUAUGCCCGACCUCAGCAGUGCACCUUCAACCUCCCUUCGUGAGGUCAGCAUGGUAGCCGGCCAAUACGCUUGCCCUGAUUGUCCAUGUAUCUUUCCCAACUCAGGUCUGCUCCAGCGGCACCGUGUCCGAGAGCAUGGAACACAGGCACAUCGUGAUGUCAAGCAGGCCCUCUCUGCUGUGAAUCAAGUCGAACACUCCCUGGAUGGUGUCCCAACGUGCAGAUACUGCCUUCGCGAGUUUAAUGGGUGGAGAAAUUUUAAUUUGCACAUCCUAUUUGAUAGUUGUGUGCCAAAGCGGCAACAAGCCGUCACACCUCUUCUGCUGGGGUCUUCGGACCGGGAAGAGGCUCCAUCUGCUGAACCCGUCACGGCGCUGUCUGCCGGCGGGGACCCCAAUACCGAUGCCAUCACGAAUGCACACACUAACCCUGUGCCAUUUGCUGCGAGGCUUCUGGACGAGCCCUGUCUGAGGGAUGAGGCGCACACGACCCUUAGACGAUGGCAGUACAUUGCCUCCAAGGCUGAGCUUCACGCCCGCAUGGCGCAUAAAUGCCCGGUGUGCAAUUUGUGGGCGAAUGACGGUAGUCGGAUCAAAGUGCACAUGCGCUGCAAGCACCCGGACAUUAUUGACCGCCUCAAUCAAGCCGUCAAGGUUGCACUGUCAUUUGGCAAUCCAUCUUCGCUAGCUUGGAUCCUGCACUACUCCCCCCUCAUUGCCAUGACGAUGGACGUGGACAAGAAGCUGACGGCCGAACAAGAGGAGGAGCGAGAAUGGGAAGUGUACACGGCGUUCAUGGGCCAGGUUCUGCAAUCAGCACCAGCAUCGACCAAGAGACCACUCGAAUCCGAGACCCCGAGCAAAUUUCAGAAGACGGACCCCAAGCCGGGAAAGGGCAAGGGAAAGGGAAAGGGAAAGAAAGGGGGAAAAGGAGGCGCCAAAAGCAAUGCAGCCAGCCACGACAACACGAACAAGGACGAGGAGAUAGCGGAGCUGCGCACCCUCUGCCACUUGAUGAUACGGCUGGCGGUACGGCACGAAGAUGCCUUGAAAACACUGCAAUUGGAUACCAGCUUUGUCAUAUGGAUGCGUACAGGCCUGCCAUGCGGAGUCCCCGAGGCUCUGUUCGAGGUGGCAACGAAAUGGAAGGCCGACCGCGAAAUCAACCCGCCCACUUCACCGAUGCGGCUCACUCUAUGGAUGUGUGUAUGGCGAGAAUUUCUUCAGCGCCUGCAGCCAGCCCGCUUGACCGAGGAGAUCCAGAACAACAUGAAGCAGCUUGGCUACAUCAGCAGCGCCGGGACCUGGAACUACCUUCGCUGGGACUCCGAACAAGCCAAGUUGAUUCCGGACACCAGCAAAACGCCACUGACAAAGGAGGCGGCGAUCAAUCUGGUCGAGGGGGUGAUCCGCUUGGCCAAGGAUUCCCAGCUGCUCACAAAGUUCACGCCGACGCGGUCCCUCGAUCACAUUCCUGGCUUCAGUGUCAAACCGCUCCACACCAAGCGACCAACUGCACGCAUCGUUGACGGAACUCUGCGGCAGUGCUUGCUGCCAAGUAAUCGGCAUGGCAAUCAAACCCGAACGAUUGACAAGAUCCCCUCUGGCUCAGCAGAUCUUCAAGUGGCUGCCGUCCCAGCGCAGACCUUAUCAGAGAGCUCUACUUUGUCGCAUGCUCGGGAUCCCUGUGCCAACUUUCGGUUAAGCAGUAAGGUAGACGAUGCACUUCAGCUGAAAAUGCGGCUCACCAAUGGUGCCAAUCUUUGUUACGCCAACGCGACUCUCUCAGCGCUGCUUUGGUGUAGCCGCACCUGCUCCCAAACAGUGAUUCCGAGGAAUGUGUUCACCGCUGUUGAGGCUGGAAUCCUUAGCCGACGGCCAUUUGCAUUGUGGGAUCUGCUCAGCUGGCAACAACUCCUCGCUACAUGGAGGAACCCUCGAACUCAGCAUGAUGCGGCUGAGUUCGUGCAGCACUUGCAGGCUCGCAUGCAGGCACCAGCAUUACAGGGAUUGUGGCAGGCACGUGACAAUCACGAUCAGGUGCGUGAUACGGGAGACACCUGCCCGCUUCUUGUGACCGCGCCUCUGCUGUCCCAUAUUUCCGUGCAGCAACUGCUUGAUCUUUGGCAUACUCAGGAUCCGAUGCAUGCGCUCUUGCAACUUCCGGAGUGCCUGAUCCUUCAGCUUGCUCGGUUUAAUGUGGACGAUGCAGAUGCUCAUAAGAUUCUUGAGCCCAUUAUGCUUGAUCCUUUCGUGAAUGUCUCUUACUUCUCAGGGCGUGCCAAAAGGGCUGCUAAGUACCGAUUGCGAUCUGCACUGGUGCACAUUGGCCCACGAAUGUCAUCCGGCCACUAUCGUGCCGCUCUGUUUGGGGAUACGGCCCGCAAGGUUUUCUACACCGAUGAUAACUGCAGUGCCAAACUUGCUACACCCAGAGACCUUGAUGAAAUCAGCACUAAUGCCUACAUUCUAUGCCUCACGCGUGAGCUGUGA